AUGGAGCGCUCAAGGACAACAAAGCCGGGGACUUCCGCCUACCUUUGGUUGGGCCUGGUCUCCGUGGCAACAAGCUUUCUUUGUGCAGAAGCACGGAUCACUCCGAGCCCUCCACCAAGCAACAUCACCUGUAAGGAGGGCACGUCAAAAUGCAAGCCGGGAAUCAUUCUUCCCAUCUGGUACCCAGAGGAUCCGUCCAUGGGCGACAAGAUCGCAAGGGUCAUUGUGUACUUUGUGGCCAUGAUCUAUAUGUUCCUGGGUGUUUCCAUAAUCGCAGACCGUUUCAUGGCAGCCAUUGAGGUCAUUACCUCUCAAGAGAAAGAGAUCAUUAUCAAGAGGCCCAAUGGUGAGACCACCACAACAACCAUACGGGUCUGGAAUGAGACUGUAUCCAACCUCACCUUGAUGGCACUAGGGUCCUCAGCCCCAGAGAUCCUCCUCUCUGUCAUUGAGGUAUGUGGCCAUGACUUCCAUGCAGGUGAGCUUGGGCCUUCCACCAUUGUGGGCAGUGCUGCCUUCAACAUGUUUGUCAUCAUUGGCCUAUGCGUGUCCGUCAUUCCUGAAGGGGAAACACGGAAGGUCAAGCAUUUGCGAGUGUUUUUUGUCACAGCAGCUUGGAGCGUGUUUGCCUACAUCUGGCUGUAUAUGAUCUUAGCUGUCUUCUCACCCAAUGUAGUUCAGAUCUGGGAGGGACUUCUCACUCUUGCCUUCUUCCCCAUCUGUGUUAUUCUCGCUUGGGUGGCCGAUCGCCGGUUGCUGUUCUACAAGUUCAUGCACAAGAAAUAUCGUACAGACAAACACCGGGGUGUGAUCAUCGAGACCGAAGGUGACCGGUCCAAAGGCAUAGAGAUGGAUGGCAAGAUGAUGAACUCGCACUUUGUGGAUGGAGGAGCUGCCAGCAACCUGAUAGGUUUGAUUGAAGGGAAAGAAGUGGAUGAGUCACGACGAGACAUGAUUCGCAUCCUGAAGGACCUCAAGCAGAAGCACCCAGAGAAAGAGCUCGACCAGCUGGUGGAGAUGGCUAACUACUAUGCCCUCUCGCACCAGCAGAAGAGCCGUGCCUUCUACCGCAUCCAAGCAACGCGCAUGAUGACAGGAGCUGGGAACAUCCUAAAGAAGCAUGUGGCAGAGCAGGCCAAGAGAAGUGCGAGUGUGCAGGAGGUGCACGUGGAGGAGCCGGAGGAAUUUGUGUCACGUAUUGCUUUUGAGCCUUCUGUAUACCAGUGUCUAGAGAACUGUGGUGCUGCCAUUCUCACCACUGUCCGCAAGGGCGGGGACAUUUCCAAGACUAUCUAUGUGGAUUACAAGACGGAAGAUGGCUCGGCCAAUGCGGGGGCAGACUAUGAGUUCACCGAAGGCACGGUGGUGUUCAAACCUGGUGAGGUCGUGAAGGAAAUCGCCAUCGGAAUCAUUGACGACGACAUCUUCGAGGAGGACGAGCAUUUUUUCGUCCGCCUCAGCAAUGUCCGUGUUCUAGAGACAGAGGACGAGGUCCUGUCGCCAAACAGCCUGCCCUAUCCGAAAGCCAUGCUCGGAUUCCCCGCUGUCGCCACAGUGACCAUCCUGGAUGAUGACCAUGCAGGCAUCUUCACGUUUGAAAGUGAUUCUGUGCAUGUCAGCGAGAGCAUUGGCAUCAUGGAGGUGAAGGUGCUGAGAACGUCUGGGGCAAGGGGCACGGUCAUUGUGCCCUUCCGAACCAUGGAGGGACUGGCCAAAGGAGGAGGGGAGGAUUUUGAGGACACCUUCGGAGAGCUGGAAUUCAAAAACGAUGAAACCUGUAAAACCAUUCAGGUGAAGAUUAUUGAUGAUGAGGAGUAUGAGAAGAAUAAAAACUUCUUUCUGGAACUUGCUGAGCCUCGAAUGGUGGACAUGAGUUUACAGAAAGCUUUGUUAUUAGCUGACGAUGUACCAGAGAGGAAGUUGACAUCAGAGGAAGAGGAGGCCAGAAGGAUCGCAGAGAUGGGAAAACCUGUCUUAGGAGAGCACGCCCGACUGGAGGUUAUCAUUGAGGAGUCCUACGAGUUCAAGAACACAGUGGAUAAGCUCAUAAAGAAGACUAACUUGGCUUUGGUAGUGGGCACCAACUCCUGGAGGGAUCAGUUCAUGGAGGCCAUCACUGUCAGUGCAGGAGAUGAGGAUGAGGACGAUACAGGGGAAGAACGACUCCCCUCAUGCUUUGAUUAUGUCAUGCACUUCCUCACCGUUUUCUGGAAGGUUCUGUUCGCCUGUGUACCACCCACGGAGUAUUGGAACGGCUGGGCCUGUUUCUUUGUUUCCAUUGUGAUCAUUGGCUUACUGACAGCCAUUAUAGGCGACUUAGCCUCGCAUUUCGGCUGCACCAUAGGCCUCAAAGACUCGGUCACCGCCGUGGUGUUUGUGGCGCUCGGGACAUCCGUCCCCGACACCUUUGCCAGUAAAGUUGCGGCGGUGCAGGAUACUUACGCCGACGCCUCCAUCGGUAACGUGACGGGCAGCAAUGCCGUCAACGUCUUCCUGGGCAUCGGCAUGGCAUGGUCGGUGGCCGCCGUUUACUGGCACAUGAAAGGCAAGGCCUUCUACGUGCCCGCCGGAUCGCUGGCGUUCUCCGUCACGCUUUUCACCAUAUUUGCCUUCCUGGCAGUGAGCGUGCUACUUUACCGACGUCGGGCCCACAUCGGCGGAGAACUGGGAGGACCCCGUGGGCAUAGACUCCUCACCACCGCAUUCUUCUUCAGUCUCUGGUUUCUCUAUAUCCUCUUCUCCAGUCUGGAGGCCUACUGUCACAUACAAGGCUUUUAG